AAUAAAAAAAAACAAUGGCCUUUUCUUCUACAUUGAAAAACACGCUGUACCAAGAUUCUAUUGGAAAGGUUGCUGCGAUCAUUUCGUUUCCAUGACAACGUUAUAAGUCGGUUCUGAGGGAUGCUCUAGUGGAGAAUCAAUUCGGGCGUCAGUUGGAAGUCUGAAGCCGAUCAAUUUAGGUGUUUGUGCAGUGCCGGUUGAAGGUUACAUAAAAAAGAGAAGAUCUUGGGUAAAAUCAAGUGAAAAUGAGACCGAAAAUAACACCAUACCAUGUAGAAAAGCAGUUUGAAAAACUGGUAUCCAUUACGGAUGUAUCGGUGCAGAUAGAAGAAAUAAGGAAAAUAUUAUCACAUUUCAUCAACCUUCUAAAAGAGGGCUCUCUGUACGAAGAAUGCUAUUAUUCAGCUUUGACCAUUUGCGAGAAUAUAAUCUCGCAAUGCGAUGUUACUGAAAGGGAUAGCAGUGUGCUGUGCAAAAUAUUGAAUACAAUAUUGGAAAUUGUCAAUCGCGAUUAUGUGAGUAAAAAGGUAGUAACUGAGUCGCUUGCCGCAGUUCACAAUAUCAUGCGCAGUCUGUACCAUGUCGAGGCGAAACACCUGCAUGAAAUGUUGAGGGCGAAACUCCCAUAUUUAAGUAAAUAUUUCAAUGAAAUGAAUAAUUUCACCAUUAUGUCAUCAAUUGUGGGUAUUAUUUAUGAAUAUGUUUACAAAUACGACCAAGACGAACGUAAAAUUAUUUUAACGGAUGUAAUGAAAGAUUUUCACGCAUCCAAGGCACAGUUUGCUGAUAUAUUAUCUUGGCCACCAAAAUUGUUCAAAUUGUUUUGCCGAAAGUUUCUGAACAACAUUCCGGGACGAAAAUAUUUCUCCCUGGCCGCCCGUUCUGCAGAAUUAGGCGGUAAAAAAAUUCUACCGAUUCAGGGUGAUGAUUUUAUUUCCUUUGACUGGAAUACGGAUCCUAAGGAACUUUCGUUUAAUAAGUUUAGAUUUUCUACAGAAACAAACACAUCCUCCGAAGUAAGUGUCGAAUACAAGGACAUUACCGCUAUGAAUUCCGUUGAAGAACACGGUGAGCCGCAUUUCAUAGUUGAAUAUGAAAAAAUGAUGGCAGCCGGCGUUUUUGCUGCUUCUUACGCAUUAAAAAUUUAUGCUUUGGACAACAAGGACUUCAACGAGUUAGAAAGAUUAAUCCUUCCGUUGGUAAAACCGGUUGAAAUAAUACCUCCUACACAAGCCUCUGAACGGUUGUCCGAAGAAAUUGUCCUUGGGCGCGAAAAGUUUUACAACACUAUGGAUUUUUCCAACCACACGUUGGUCAACGAUAAUGGUGCGAUGCGAUGCGCAUCGAUUCAAAAAGAUACUACACCGGAACCGGUGUUGCAAUCUACAACGGUUAAUGACAUUAAAAGCAAGGAAAGCAGCGAUGAAGAUGAGUACCCGAAAUUCAAACCCUUUGAUAUGCAAUGGAAAUUAAAUUUAAUCGAAAGCUCAACAAAAAACAAGUGCCUAAAAAAAGACCCGUACGAUAUAGCGUACAUGCGAGCGGAGGACAAAGAACAACAGAAAGGGGUACCCAAAUAUACAGGAUUUACUAAACGUGCAAGUAACGCGAAAAGUUUCGCAAAUGGAAAGAGUCCGGAAAGAAUGCAAUCCUCAACUCCUACACAAAGUGUAGGAGCAAAAAGUGGAGCGAUGCAAAAAAAACAACAGCAAUGGAUGCCCAAAUAUUCAGUAACUAUGAAACGUGGAAGUAACAUGAAAAGUGCCCCAAAUGUAGAACUUCCAAGAAGAAUGGAAUCCUCAACUCCUACAAAAAGUGGCCGCUCAAAGGUAUUGGACAAUCUGGAUAUGGAUAAGGUAGAUUUGUCUUCGAUUGGUAAUAUCAGCAAUGAUGAUAUCGAUGGUUAUAUCAGCAAUGAUAGUGAGAAAAGUGAUGCCACGUACGUACCAUACGCAAUGUUAUCUAAGACGGAAACCCGUGGCCGUGGAAAUCAAAAAGGAAGGAAGCGCCAAAGUAAAGUACCAGCUCGUGUUCCACCUAAACGAUCGCGCGUGAAUAUUAAGGCGGCUAACAAAAAUAGUCGUGGAACCGGUAGAGAAACAAGUGCGAUGUGCGGAAACGAGCUUAAGCGGAAUGGUUUGAACUGUGAACCAUCCACAGAAUCGACCAUGCAGGUCGACAAUGUAGCUAUGAAUGAUAGCUCAUGUCAGACACUGGAUUCAACACCAUCCAAGAUACCGAACCGUGGUCAAAAUGUUCAACCAAAAUCCAAGUUUCUAUGCAAAAGAUUAAAUGCGAAACAGACAACUACACAAACAACAACACACGUGACAACCACCCAAACAACUGAGGUUGGUAUUGGCUCCCGUACAGAAACAGGUAAUAGGCCAACAGCAGAAACGGCUGUGCAGGAGGAUGUACAUAUGGCACUACCGACCGAAACCAUGGCCGCUCAUGCCACACAAAAGAUUUAUAAGACGCUUUUGAAAGUUGAAGAACAUAAAGAGUACAGAAUUGAAUGUGAAGUAAAAGAGAAAGAAUGUGAAGCAUAUAUUCUAUCGCAAGGAGAUCGUGCGCAUAUAUUAUCGCAUGUGAAUAAAAUUGUAGAACUUUUAAAUCAACCCAGAAACAUCGUAAAGCGUAAUUGAUUAAAUCGAAUCAAAAAGGAUGAAAACUGGUGGUAAUGAGAAGACUUCGUUUAAAACCAGAGACACGUAUAUGCUCAGCCAUAUGAUCGGCAUUUUGCUGAGUUUAAAUUAACAUUAGUGCUAGGAAACUAAUUAGGUAACAUAAUUUAUUGUAAUAGUAUGUUACUAGAGCUUAGUUAUUUCUUCUGCACGUUUUCCGAACUGCUGUAACAUACACAAAGCUGUAUUAAUUCUCUCAAAACUUUAAU